CAGCCAUUCUAAAUUCUAACCCCCUUGGCAGUUGCGCAAUCGUAUAGUUCACGAGGCAUUGUAAUUUUUGGCGCCAACCAAGUGAAAGAGAAGAUAACAUCAUUAUUCUUGUUUUAUUAUACACUAUAGGAGAAAAAGAUGCCACCAAGGAGAGCGACUAAACGUACCGCACAAAUUCCGGAAGAAGGACCUAAGGACGCUAAACAAUCUAAAAAGAAGCAAGUAGUUUCAGAACUAAUUGUCAAACCAGACUUGAGAAUCGCUCCUCCAGGAGUAAUUCUCACAUUUGGUCAGGGUGAUGUGGGUCAGUUAGGUCUUGGAGAGCAUAUAAUGGAAAAGACUAGACCUGCUACAGUCCCAGGAUACCAAGACAUUGUAGCGAUAGCUGCAGGUGGUAUGCAUAACGUAUGCCUGACAAAAACUGGAAAAGUUUUGACUUUUGGUUGCAAUGACGAAGGAGCUCUUGGUAGGGAUACUUCGAAAGAAGGUUCCGAAACUAUCCCAGGAUUUACUGAACUUCCUGGAAAGGCAAUUCAAGUAACAGCAGGAGAUAGCCAUAGUGCUGCAGUCCUUGAAGAUGGACGAGUUUUUGCAUGGGGAUCGUUUAGGGAUUCUCAUGGUACUAUGGGCUUAACUACAAGAGGUAACGAACGCUCUCCAGUAGAGAUUUUACCUGGUGUAAAAGUAGUAAAAAUAGCAUCAGGCGCUGAUCACCUGGUACUACUAUCAGAAUUAGGAAACCUUUUCACAUGUGGUUGUGGAGAACAAGGACAAUUAGGUCGGGUGGCAUCGAGGACUGCAGAUAGACAUAACCGCCACGGUAUAGCUCCUCUGCUGACACCUGGCCAAGUUAUAUUUAAGAUCACAAAAAAGCUUAAAUUUGAAGACGUAUGGGCUGGUACAUACUGUACCUUCGCCAAGGAGUUUCAUAAGGGCGAAAUUUAUGUCUUCGGCUUGAAUAACUAUCAUCAGAUUGGAUUGAAAGAAUUGGUGCCGCACUUUCAUCCCCAAGUAUCAAAAACUUUCACAGGAAAAGUUUGGAGGCACAUCAGUAGUGGACAGCAUCAUACAAUCGCUUUGGACGAAAGUGGCCAAGUAUUUGUCUUGGGUCGUAAAGAAUACGGUCGUCUAGGUCUAGGACCUGGCUGUUCGGAUGCUGAGAAGCUUACUCCAGUUCCUGCUUUAAAUUUAAUCAAAUGUAUUGAUAUAGCUGCUGGAAAUGCUCAAUCUUUUGCUGUCACAGAUUCAGGGGAUCUGUAUGCCUGGGGAAUGGGUAGCAGUGGACAACUAGGUACAGGCAACGAAGACGAUGCAGAACUUCCUGUAAUGGUUAAGGGGAAACAAUUAGAAGACAAAACCGUAGUGCGAGCUUCUGGAGGAGGACAACAUACUUUAAUCUUGGCUGUGAGCCGUCCGGUCAAAGACAAAACCGCUGGUUAACGAUUAAGAUUGUCGUGCGUGCAGUUUAAUAAGUGCCGCGGGUGUGCGUGUGUCGCAGUUGUCUGAACAGUGUGAGAGAAGGAAAAUAAAAAUCAGUAGAUUCUGCGCACCUAGUUAGAAUUCAUUGAACUCUAUCGAGUAUUGUCAUUCGAUAGACCGAUUUGUAAAAAAAAAUGAAGAUCAUUGUAUUGUGCUAAGAAAUUAAUCUGUCGUCCGACAUUGUACUUACGUUACUUUUCUUGUUAAUUAUCGAUAAGAAAUAAAAUAUCGCAUGCUCAAAUUUAAUUCCGACUCGGCCUAGAAUAUAUUAACAAUGACAAAGCGGCAGAUCUUUUUCUUAGCAUAUUAGUUUCAAGAAAAAAAUCUUACUUUGUACUGUACCUACAUUUAUUGUUACAUUGAAUCAAUAUACUGUGCAUAGAAA